AUGGAGGACAGUAGUCAGGCUUUUUGGAAGGGCCAUAAGCAGCGGAAGAACUAUCUGCUCAGGCAGAAGUUGUUCACAGAGAAUGUUGACUCUGUUGUGAAGAUUCAGUCCUGGUACAGAAUGGCAACAGCAAGGAAGAACUACCUUUCACGCCUGCAGUACUUCAAAGACCACAACAAUGAAAUUGUGAAAAUACAGUCCCUGAUGAGAGCAAGCAAAGCUAGAGAUGACUACAAAACACUAGUUGGCUCUGAAAAUCCACCGUUAACAGUAAUCCGCAAGUUUGUGUACCUAUUAGACCAAAGUGACUUGGAUUUCCAAGAGGAACUGGAAGUAGCACGAUUAAGGGAAGAAGUGGUGACCAAGAUUAGGGCCAAUCAGCAGCUGGAGAAAGACUUGAACCUGAUGGACAUCAAGAUUGGCCUCCUGGUGAAGAACAGGAUCACACUGGAGGACGUAAUCUCACACAGCAAGAAACUGAAUAAGAAAAAAGGAGGAGAAAUGGAAAGACUGAAUAACACUGAUAACCAGGGAAUCAAAAGCUUGAGUAAGGAGAGGAGGAAAACACUAGAGACCUAUCAGCAGCUGUUCUACCUUCUGCAGACCAACCCUUUGUACUUGGCUAAGCUGAUUUUCCAGAUGCCACAGAACAAGUCAACUAAAUUUAUGGACACUGUUAUUUUCACGCUGUACAACUAUGCCUCUAAUCAACGGGAAGAGUUCCUGCUGCUCAAGCUCUUUAAAGCUGCUCUGGAGGAGGAAAUAAAAUCAAAGGUAGACCAGGUACAGGAGAUAGUGACUGGUAACCCUACAGUCAUCAAGAUGGUCGUCAGCUUCAACAGAGGUGCCCGGGGACAGAACACCCUACGCCAGCUCCUGGCUCCAGUGGUGAGAGAGAUCAUUGAAGACAAGUCCCUGAUCAUCAACACCAAUCCUGUAGAGGUAUACAAGGCCUGGGUGAACCAACUAGAAACACAGACCGGAGAGGCCAGCAAGUUGCCUUAUGAUGUGACCACAGAACAAGCCCUAACACACCCCGAGGUGAAAAAUAAACUAGAGGCUUCUAUUGAGAACCUGAGAAGGGUCACCGACAAAGUCCUGAUUUCUAUCAUUUCUUCCCUUGAACUACUGCCUUAUGGAUUGAGGUAUAUAGCCAAAGUUCUGAAGAAUUCGAUCCAUGAGAAAUUCCCUGAUGCUUCAGAAGAUGAGCUAUUAAAGAUUGUUGGAAACCUCCUGUACUAUCGGUACAUGAACCCAGCUAUCGUGGCUCCUGAUGGCUUUGACAUCAUCGACAUGACAGCUGGAGGUCAGAUCAACUCUGACCAAAGGAGAAACCUGGGGUCUGUGGCCAAGGUUCUUCAGCACGCAGCCUCCAACAAGCUGUUUGAGGGAGAAAAUGAGCAUCUCUCAUCUAUGAACAACUAUUUAUCAGAGACGUAUCAGGAAUUCAGGAAAUAUUUCAAAGAAGCAUGUAAUGUCCUUGAGCCAGAAGAAAAGUUUAAUAUGGACAAAUACACAGACCUGGUGACAGUCAGCAAGCCAGUCAUUUAUAUUUCAAUUGAGGAAAUCAUCAACACGCAUUCGCUCUUACUGGAACAUCAGGAUGUGAUUGCCGCUGAAAAAAGCGACUCCCUCAAUGAGUUGCUGGAGUCCCUGGGGGAGGUGCCCACUGUGGAGUCCUUUCUUGGGGAAGGAGCUGUUGACCCCAAUGACCCUAACAAGGAAAAUACACUAAAUCAACUCUCAAAGACAGAGAUUUCCCUUUACUUGACAAGCAAAUAUGACAUAGGGGACGGCGAAGCUGUGGAUGGCCGAAGCCUCAUGAUAAAGAAUCCUAGGAUAAAGAACGAGAAUUCCAGCAGAGCAGUGACUGCACAGCUGAUGUUGGUGCAUCCUUCUGGACCAAAGGCUUACGCUCUGCAGUAUAUCCUGCACUCACAGCACAUCCCAGUGGGGGCUGGGCAGGUUUCAAGUGCUCAGUUGCCAUCUGUGGCCAGUGACUACCGUGUUAGACACGUGGAAAGCACAGCUUUCAUGACCGGCGUUCAGAGUCUGCUGAAGUCUUGCCAGUUCCGCUUUCCGAAGCUUGCGAUGGAUUCUUUGAUUUCGGAUAUCCUAGAACAGCAAGUAAAGACUAACAUAAGAAAUACUCGGAGAUCAAUUAAACUAGAUGGAAAAGCAGAACCCAAAGGCACGAAGAGAGCAAAGCCAGUGAGAUACACUGCUGCAAAGCUGCAUGAGAAAGGUGUCUUGCUAGGGAUAGAUGACCUUCAAACGAACCAGUUUAAAAAUGUUACAUUCGACAUCAUGGCGACUGAAGAUGUGGGCAUCUUUGAUGUCAGAUCAAAAUUCCUGGGUGUGGAGAUGGAAAAAGUACAGCUCAAUAUUCAGGAUUUACUUGAGAUGCAGUACGAAGGAGUGGCUGUGAUGAAAAUGUUUGAUAAGGUUAAAGUAAACGUAAACCUUCUCAUCUACCUGCUCAACAAGAAGUUCUAUGGCAAGUGACACACCUGCAGAGAUUUCACAGGCUGUUUCAUCUGCAAGAAAGGAGUUUGCUUAGUAUUUUUGUUUUUAAACAUGAUUGAAAUCACUGCUUAUAAACGUGUGAUUUUUUUUUUAAGACCAAAACUGUUCGGAAGAAUGUACCCAUGUGCCUUUUUGCUAAUUUGAUACUACAGUAGAAUGACACACAAAAUGAAUUAACGUAAACAUCCACAUUGUAUUGUGGCAUAGGUACUCUGAUUUAAAACUCUGGGCACCCUGUGAUUUGUUUUAAAGUAGGGGGACAAGUUUAGCUGACUAGGGACAGAUGUGUACACCUAUUUUGCUAUGAAAAAUUUUAAAUGUCCCACUUGAAUAAUGUAAUUCUUCAUAGAUUUUUUUUAUCUGUGGAGAAAAAUGUAAACCUAAUGAAUUUGUAAUGAAUUAUUUAGACAUAUAGUUCUAAGCCCUGUCUUCUGGGAAUUGUCAAUUUUAAAAGAGAACUUUUGUGCAAUUCAAAAUGAAGUUUUUAUAAGUAAUUGAGAGUGAUGAUACAAUAACACUUUCUGUAUGAAAGUAUAUAUUUUAUGUGAUUUAUUCCUACUAAAUGAAAGUGCACCACUGCCUCAUAUAAAGACUCUUACCAGGAGUUUUUCAGUGACUAAGAAACACCAUGGAUACCAAUCAUAGGCCCCAUCUCCAGCCCUCACAAUUUAUUUGAAUACUUCAA